AUGCGACUGAGUGAUGUCAAAAGACAAAUAUUUUUGGGUUUCAAAUUAAAUUACUCUUCAAAAAUCUUGGUUUUGUGCUUGCUCGACUUCUACGUGCAUUUUGCCUUACAACGAAAGGGACAUGGGAAAGCAAUUAUCGACUAUAUGCUACACAAUGAACAUGCCGAACCAUACCAGCUUGCUUUGGACAAUCCUUCGGUGACACUUCUUGGCUUUCUUUCCCAGCGAUAUGGUUUGACAAAACCAGUAUGGCAAAACACUAACUUCGUUGUGUUUGAAGAGUUGUUCAAAACGGUGAACACCAAUGGUGGGGCCCUCCGGAAGGGUGGAGUCGACCUCAGACUCCUCGACGAAUUGGAAGCGGAACGACGGAAACGCGCUGGUUGGAACAUGCCAUCAGUGGACAUGCAUCAAAGGAUAAAUGCAAUAUUAGUACGGAAAUAUGAGCGGCUUGUCGAAGAAACUCUACUUUUUGAUCUCGGCUUCACGUUGACGAUAUCCUACUUAUAUGGCCACGCGAUGAAUGCCGCCGUGGAAGCCGACCAAUCACCCGAAGGAGCGCUGGCUAACCGUGCUCAUCAGGCAAAGGAACGCAAAGCGCACCAUCUCUCGAGCCAACCGCUUUGGUAG